CCCGCGUGUGACUCGUUCUGGAAUCAAAUCAACAAACAAGAUGGCGAUCGGAAGAGUAGUCAUAAUAGUCGCCUUACUUUACCUCAAUUUAACUCUCCUCUGCGAUGCCCAAGCCAUGAUCAGAGCUCGACAGUGCACUUUCUUUGGUCAAGGAAGAACUCCAAAAGAGGCAUACAGUUUAUCUAAUUGCACAUGGUUCAAGGAGCAAUCAUGCUGUCGACAUACUGAAGUGACGUCAGUUUUCCAAGCCAUGAUGCCAUUGGAAACAAACAACAAAAAAUGUUACGAUCUCAUGAACUACCUCAUGUGCUACUUCUGCAGCCCAGACCAGGAACUGUGGUACAAGUCAAAUCAGGUACAUGUUUGCGGUACGUUUUGCAAACAAAUCUACAAAAACUGUAAAAGUGCCAGCUAUAAAGGCGAAACAAUCGGCAAGAAGUAUCCUAAUGGCAAAAAGUUCUGCGAAGCACAAUUAUUUGUCGUCAAAGAAAGUAACAAAGAAUGCUUYGACCAUAGUUUAAUUAGUGCUUCUUCUCACAGCUCGUCUGAAUUCUGCCUGCUCUUCAUUCUUAUUACCUUUUCAAUAGUUAGAUUUUCACUACUGUGACMAUGUUAUUAAGAGAUCUAUUGUAAAACUGGAAAAAUUGAACAACAGCAUAUAUAUGUAUGCUUGUACAUAAUAUAUCAUGUAUAUCUGUCAAURGAAUAGUUAUGUAUAGUAACCAUAUAUGAUAUAUAUUAUAUAUCAUUUAGUAGCUCGACAAAAAGAAAUUAAAUUAAUUUUUCUUAGAUUUAGAGURCAACRUGUAAAAGUAUGAGCAAUGACAUCUUGCUGCCAAAUAUCAUGAGCCUUUAUUUGGUAAAACCAGCCUUAAAAUUGAAAUGUGUUGGUUUAACAUAAUCACUAACGAAAUCAUUUAUGCAUAAAAGUAUUGAAUACUUUAUCAGCGGUCAUACUUUUCACGACGUGCUGUAAUAAUAUCAGUGGUAAGUAAGUUUCWAAAUGAGUGUUAUUUUAUGAUUUUUUAUUUUGAAGACGUGUACAAACAUUUCCAUGCCCAAUGUAUAAUGGGUGAAGGAGUGUAGCAAUAAGAGUAUUUUGGUUUCAUGAGUAGGAAGAUUUUGUUAUUUCCUUAGUGUUAAUAGUGUUAUUAGAAUACCAUUUUUAUUAUACUUAGGGAUGUGUCUUGCAUACAGUCUUUCUCAAUAGCAAGCUUGGAAUCAUACAAUUUCCCAUUCCCACGAAGUACGUAAACCAAGGCAUUUGCAUAUAGGCACAUGUCCUUGAAAUACUUUGGUCCCAAAUCUGCCAAUAUUGACAUCGGCCAAAACUUGUAGUGAAAACUUURUUGAAAAUGUCCGCAAAACACUCGCUACCUAACAUCAUUUUAAACAAAACCUUAAAAACAUUUAUAUCGUUUUUAAGGUGGCCAAUGGUACAGUGGUAYAAUGGCCAGUGUGAAGAUAUCCAUAUUUAUCAUAACGAUACUUUAUUUUUGAAAAUCGUCUAGUGAAUGAUAAUCACUAUACAAAAUACAAACAACCCUUUCAAGGAAAGAAGUGCUUCUGCAAAUCCGUAGUACAAUGUAAAAACAAAUUGAAUYGGGACAAAUCAUACUAUGAAUAUAGGCUCAUAUUAUACAAUAAAUAGGUUCAUUAUAUUUGAAUAAACUAUAUUUGAAUCUUGUA